CAACACCACGAAUCAAGAGAUCAAAAUUUCAACUAGUUUGCGAACAAAAUGAUUUACAAUUUGUAUAUUUUCGACAAAUACGGAACGCUUCUCCACUACGCCGAAUGGAACCGACUCAAGCAGUCGGGGAUCACGAAAGAUGAGGAAGCCAAGCUAAUGUACGGAAUGCUGUUCUCGCUGAAGUCCUUUGUCAACAAAAUAUCACCCAUUGAUCCAAAGGAAGGCUUCCUGUAUUACAAAACGAACAAAUACGCACUUCACUACGUGGAAGUGUCCUCCGGUUUGAACUUCGUUCUCAAUACGGACACGACUGCCUCGGGGAUCAAGGAUUUCCUUCUUCAGCUGUACAGUAAGAUUUGGGUCGAGUACGUGGUACGAAAUCCCCUCUGGACGAUUGGAACUCCGGUGACAUCGGAUCUGUUCAAAUCAAAACUGGACGAAUUUGUCAAACAGUCACCACUGUUCGGACCGAAAGUGAUAUAAGAUUAUCCCGUAUGCAAUAAAACAAACUCCAUUAUUUA